AAAUCCAGGGCAAAAAACAUAAUCGGGCCAUGCGUACAUAAUCCGGCCGUCCUGUUUAUAAGCAGGCUUCGGUCACAUUAAAAGAUCUUUAAUUUUUGUAAACAAAACAAACCCCCUUCGUUGGCAACACCAUGUGCUUUUGAAUUUUUACAUCAGGUUACACUUGCGAGAGCAAUGGUUGCAUUCAAUGGUUUAAAACUUUGCAUUAAAUCCAGAAAUUUUCUCCCAUUGCUAAGAAGAAGUGAAGUUGCAUGUUUGUUAUUACAGACCAGAAAAACACACCAUCAGCUGCCUUGUUACAAAGCUGAAAAAUCAGCAGUUGGCUUUGACAAUUAUGAGGAUGAAUUAAAACAGUUCAAGCUCGAAGUACCUGAAUACUUUAAUUUUGCUAAAGACGUUUUAGGAGAAUGGUGCAAAAAGGAGAAGAGUGGUAUUCGAAAUGCUGUCCCACCUGCAUUCUGGUGGGUUGAUGAUUUUGGCAAUGAACUGCAAUGGGGUUUUGAAGAGUUAUUGCAAAAGUCUAACCAAUUAUCAAACAUUCUUUCUGAUUUCUGUGAUGUCAAAAAAGGUGAUUGUGUCAUCGUGAUUUUACCAAGAUUACCAGAGUGGUGGCUUGUCAAUAUAGCCUGUUUACAAACCGGUGCCAUAAUAAGUCCUGGGACUAUAUCUUUAACAGCAAAUGAUAUACGCAAUCGUCUACAAACAUCAAAAGCAAAAUGCAUUAUAAGCAUACCUGAAGUAGCAGAACUUGUUGAUGAGGUAGCCCACACUGUACCGUACUUAAAAAGUAAACUUAUUGUUGAUCCAGUUGAUAAGUACAGACACAAGUGGUUACCUCUCAAACAGUUAAUGAAGGAUGCGUCAACUACAUACACUUGUUUAGAGACAAGAAGUGAUGAUCCAAUGUCUUGGUUUUUUACGAGUGGUACAACUGGAUAUCCUAAGAUGACAGAGCAUAGUCAUGUUAGUUAUGGCUUGGCACACAAGUUGACAGGAAAGUAUUGGUUAGAUCUGGAAUCAAAUGAUGUUAUGUGGAAUGUAUCAGACACAGGCUGGGCAAAAUCUGCUUAUUCGUCAUUUUUCGCUCCAUGGUGGCAAGGAUCAUGUGUUUUCGUCCAUCACACACCACGGUUUGAUAUAAGAAAAACAUUAGAAAUCAUGCAGAAGUAUCCCAUUAGUGUUGUAUGUUUGCCGCCAACAGCAUAUCGCAUGAUGAUACAAGAGGAUCUAUCAAGCUACACAUUCAAAGCUCUUCGUCACUGUGUAUCUGCUGGUGAACCAUUAAAUCCAGAUGUAAUUGAGAAAUGGAGUGAAAAAACUGGAUUAGUGAUAAGAGAAGGUUAUGGACAAACAGAAAUGACACUGAGUUGUGGAAUAUUUCGAUGUCUGGAUGUAAAACCUGGUUCUAUGGGAAAACCCGUUCCUGGUUACGACAUACAGAUUAUCGAUAAAGAUGGUGAAAUGGUUGGUACAAAUAUGGAAGGAGAUGUAGCUGUGAAUUGUGCGCCACAACGCCCAGUUGGUUUGUUUACAAAAUAUGUGAAUGAUGAAGAGAGGACGGCUGCUGCAUUUCGGGGAAAUUUUUACCUCACAGGUGAUCGAGGCUACAAAGAUGAAGAUGGUUAUGUGUGGUUCGUUGGUCGCUCAGAUGACGUCAUCAUCUCUGCGGGUUAUCGUAUUGGUCCGUUUGAGGUGGAAAGCGCAUUGAUUGAGCAUCCAGGUGUUGCCGAGUCAGCAGUUAUAAGCAGUCCAUGUGAGACAAGGGGAGCGGUUGUUAAAGCUGUUAUUGUAUUAACGCCUUGUCAUCAGAAGAAAGAUAAAAUAGCACUAACGAAGGAGAUACAAAAUCAUGUGAAAACACUGACUGCUCCUUAUAAAUAUCCACGAAAGAUCGAUUUUGUUGAUUCUCUUCCAAAAACAAUAAGCGGUAAAAUUCGUCGAGUUGAAUUGCGUGAAAAAGAAUGGUCGAAAAAUGCCGAAACGAAAGAGUAACGAAAACACGAAAGUACUUAACGAUACGAAACAUAAAACAUGUUCGGUUAACAGAAAGACCAAUGCUUACGAACACUGUGGGUACUUAUUAGGGCCGUCGACAUUACAAUUGAAGUAGAGGGGCUGUAUUUUUAUUAAAAUAUCAGGAAACAAUGAAUUAUUUUUUUAUUUUCGUUUUUUAUAUUAUAAUAUAAUUUUAAUGCAGACAUCACAUCACUUUGAAAGCUACCAUUUUUUAACACGUUGUUAGUGUUUUAGUAUUUAAAGAAAAUAAAAAUAUGUGGUUAUUAUUUGUAGAAAACUUACUCACUUCCCUAGCUCAUAUAUUAUAAAUUUUUUUACAUAAUAAUUUCGCCACUUCUGUUUCUUAAGAAAAGCUACGGGAAUAAAGUGUACUCAUGCAAAUUGAAAUUCAUGCAAGUGUAAAAAUUUACGCAGGGGGUAUUUUUUAUUACACGUAAGGUUCCCGUCAGCGUUUUUGCCAGUAUUUGUUGUCAUCUCUCCCUUUUUUCUUCGCAUAGCUUGUCACUUGUUGUAUUUUUUGUAGAUAUGUUGUAUUUUAGAUAGAUGAUAAUUUGAGUAUGUUUUCUCCACGGUUGAUUUCGCGUCGGCACAAUAAAAUUUUAAAAGACGCAAA